AGAGCUUUUGAGUAUCCCUCGCCAUUCCCGCGCCCGUUCCCCUUGCGUUUUUCUAUACGAAGAUAACCGAUACGAAGUUUUAGCAGUAGACGUGAAGGUGGACCACCUACAUAUCAAAUAGGCGGAAAGAAUUAGCGGGGUACGGGUCAGACUCUAUCUGUAGCCUCCCUUGCCCUUUUUGUUUUUGUCGUGUUUCGUUUCGCUUCCUCUUCCCGUAGUGAGCAGUAAGUAAAACAAGGCAGCAAGAACGUUAUGGCGAUUCACUUGCGGAAGGUUUCUGUGUUAUCGGCGAUCUUGCCGGGUCCCCUCGUUGUCGCCGCACAGGACAGAGUUGUUGCAGGAUCGCCGGACAAGCUGGAAACGGCAGACAGGACCACCGGCGCCGCGCAAGUCGAUGUCGACACGGAGAUCCGCGCGGACGCGACGGAGAUCCGCGCGGACGGCGACGAGAAUUCAGCGGGAAGUGUGGGGUCAUCCGAGGAAGACUCUCAGCAAAAUCAGAAUCGUAACAGCGAGGACAGAAGGAAAAGCCCUUUUUCGGUCGGAAAGGCACCGCUCUCGCUGGAAGACGACGAAGCUUUUCUCGAAGUGGAGCGACAGUUUCAGGCGACGCUGCAUCGACGUACUGGUACUACUCAUUCGGUGCAGCGACGUGCUGCUGGUGGUGCCUCUGUACCUGCUAAAAAGCGUGCUGCCUCUCCCCCUCCUGGGCGGGGACCUAUUGUAGCUGCUUCUCCGAGGACACAACACCAACAGGUUGCAGGGGCACGCGCCGGCGGAACAAGACCGGGGUCGCCGGCUUCGACACCACGCAACUCUGGCACUGCCCCCUUGCAGCAGGGAGUCAGCGGGCCGCCCUCGGUCGCGGCAAGUAAGCCGCUAUCUCAACGUCAACCUGAUGCUGCUCAGCUGCGAGACUAUGGCGGGGGUUCUUCGGCAAAACCAAAAGCUACAGCUAAACCUGUUAUGGUCGUACGACAGCCAGCACAUCCGUCUGAUCAUGCAACUGCAGGUGGAGCGGAUCUUCAUCAUUUACGUGUCGCUGCGAACCGCGCCCGAUCGCUGCCUGCUCAACGUCAACAUCAACAGCCCGUGGCCCAGUCUUCACCCCGGUCUCCGCCAACGAGCGCUCGUGGUGCUUCUCAAAAAACAGUUCCUUCUUCAGGCAGACCUGCUAUGGAAUUCUCAAAAAACAGACCUGCUCCUUCGUCGCCUGUUGCUAUGGAAUUACGAUCUCCAGCAUCUAGCCCUAGAGGUCGCAGCAGCGCCGCUAAACAGACAGUUAACUCUCCCGCAAAAUCUUCGGGAGUAGUCGCUACACCACGGACAGCAAGUAGCACCAGAGCGCAUGCUCAUGAUGAGCAUGCAGUUCCUGCUGCUCGAACCACGAGCAGCGGGACGCCCAGAAGAAGUGAAAGAGGUGGAGAAACUCACUCAGCAAGUCGAAGUACUUCUCAAAAACAACCGCAACCAGCUGCAUCCUACCGAGGGCGAUCGCGCCAGGAAAGAUAUCAGGGAGUCUCUUCGGGGGAUGCACAGAUUCGAAUGAACGGCGAGGACUUCGACUUCCGAAUUGACAAACAUGUUUCGCAGAACAAGAACUCCCGCCAAAGCUGCCCAGACUUGACUCUCAACGAGGUCCUCGAGGAAAUUGAAAGCUCAAAGGAUCAAAAACGCCCUGAAGCAGGGUUUGCCCGUCCCGGACGCGUUAGUUCGCUUCUCGACGACCGCAACAUGCAUCCAGACUGCAUUAUCUACCAGCAGCUGGCGAACCCGGAUGUCAAGCACAAGGUUUUGCGAAAUGUCAAGUCUAAAUCGCUGACCCGUCGUGGGGGUCGUGGAACUGCUUCCCCCGCGGUGAGGAUUGCGUUUUCUCCCCUCGGGUAUGCGUUGCACCUCGGGAAGAAGGGAAAAUUUCUCGAGUUGAUGAAACUCCGCGCAAUGCAACAGCAGACCGUAGAGCAGAAGCUCGUCGUUCCGCGCGAUGCGAUUCUGGCUUUAGCGGCAGAGUAUGAAAUCCGGGAAGAGGAGAUUGAUGCAAUCUCUCGUGUCUGGUCGCUGUCAAAGGAGCCGACGGGGGCGCAAGACAAAAUUGAUAGCAUUAUGAGCUUCCUGAGCAUCGGGAAGCACAAAAGCGAAAGCGUCAUGAGAUUGAUACUGGGCAGAAUGCACCAGUAUGAAAAAUGGAUGUAUCUCGGACUGAAACAAUAUUUCCAGGCCCAGGAGGAAGUAGACGACGCAUCGUUUGAUCUUGGCAAUUUGUUCGACUAGGUAGUAGGUACCGGACGAUGUGGCACCGUCCGCCAGGACAAGGGGACGAUCCGGUGUAGCAACAUUUUCCUGAUCUAGUUUCUUUUUCUGUUGCAUGUGCUAGAUGUAGAUGUAGUACGGAAAUCAUGAAUAUGAUUCUAGCAGACACUUCAGCUUGUUAUUGUCCUAGUCAGCGUGGACAAUCAAAAUGAAAAUCUAAACCGUUGCGCUUGCGGUGGCAGCUACAUAAAUGAUAAAUGAAAAUGAAGUUAUCGCUGCUUUGACCGCUACUUAAUCAGUAGUAUCCUCUCUAUCGCCUACGACCUAGCUAUCAACCGCAUCAAAUUUAGAAGUACAAAGCUUGUAGUUGGGCGUUUGAAGCGAUCGAAUUUAGUAUUACGCGUUUGAUGAAACGCCUGCUUGUUGUAGUUUUCGUUUGCUAUCGUGUAGCUUUUUCCAGAUUUCAUCUUCGGGUCUAUCAAUCUCUCACGAUUUUGAAGAUCAAUUUUGCGAUGUUGAAUUUCUUUCUGUCCAGUGUCACAU